UUGCACGCCAUGACGUCGACCGAGUGCUGCUUCCACGGCUGCAUUAAGACAGCGCUUGCAGGCUCGAUCAAGUGCCACUUCCACCGCAACCGAACCAAGUGCUCGGUCCUCGAAUGCUGGAACCAAGUGUACGCACGGCAGCGCUGCGUGAGCCACGGAGGCCGCAAGCCGUGCAUCGUGGCCGGGUGCAACGCCAACGCUCGACUUGGAGACCUGUGCGGUCGCCACGGCAUCAAGUCAGACAAGAAGAUCUGCUCGAUGCCGGGCUGUGCGAGUCUUGUGCACACACAACAGCGAUGCGUCCGCCACGGCGGUGGGCGAUCGUGUAGAGUUCAAGCGUGCGGUACCCUCGCGCGGGCAGGGGGCUACUGCUACCGCCACGGCAAGCAGUACCAAGCGACGGCGUCACCGUGCAAGUCAGACCAUGAGUCACCACAGCUCGACGGCAUCACGUGGGACGCUCGCUCGAUGCAGAUCAGUCUCGGCUACGAAGACAACAUCGACCUAUCAAUCUUAGAUUGCCUGAUUUCCGAUACGAUGUCCGAUGAUAUUUUGUACAAUGCUACCUUUUCUGUUUGAAUUUUACACUUUGGC